AUGACACCACAGGAACAGGGUCAUCUUCAACCUCGCCUAUCUCGGCUGACGAUGGUUGCCUUGACCUUUGCAAUCCUAAACACUUGGAUUGCCCUUGCGGGAUCGAUCGGUCUUGUCCUCCCAUCGGGCGGCUCUGUCUCCUUUCUCUACGGUUUCAUCUUCUGCGUUUUAUGUAACCUAGCUCUCGCCGCAAGCCUUGGUGAGCUUGCGGCUAUCUGGCCGACGGCGGGGGGUCAAUAUCACUUUGUAUAUGCCAUUUGUACUGAGAGAUGGAGAACCUCAAUGAGGGCUUCUUCGGGGGUAUGGGGCAUGUUCAACUGGAAUAUGCUUCUGUUGACUCAGGAAACAGCCCAGUUCAUCUCGUCAGCUGCCGUCAUCGCAUCGGAUAGUGCGUAUGAAAUUCGUCCCUGGAAAACAUACCUUAUCUUCCUCGCCAUAUUGACUUUCACUACCGGUGCCAAUAUUUUUGGCAAUGGAGUCCUCGGCCGCUGGAAUGAUGCAGCUCUGUACUGGUCCCUUCUUGCCGUAGUGAUCAUCAGCAUCGUCAUUCUCUCGACAUCGGAAAAGAAUGGUGCCGAUUACGUAUUUACAAACUUUGAAAACAGUACAGGAUGGUCUGAUGGAAUGUCAUGGAUGCUGGGACUCCUUCAGUCUGCCCUUUCUCUUAUAGGUUUCGACGCCUCUAUUCAUAUGGCCGAAGAGAUGCCAAAGCCGUCUGAAGACGUACCCAGGGCUAUGAUGUAUGCUGUUAUGGUUGGAGGCGCAACGGGUAUUAUCUUUAUAUUGGUGAUCCUUUUCUGCAUCACGGAUCCCAACACUGUGCUUUCAACCAAUACCAAUAUGCCGAUUUCGGAGCUCAUACUGCAAGCAACCGGCAGCCGAGCAGCUGCAACAAUCCUUACUCUCAUGCUUGCGGUCUGUUUCAUUAACGGCACCAACGGCUGUGUGACAAGCUCAAGCAGGUUGUUAUACGCAAUGGCACGCGAUAAGGGUAUCGUUUACCAUGAUUAUUUCGCACGCAUCGCCCCAGGGUUCGACGUCCCAAUUCGAACCAUUAUCUUUACAUUCGUGUUCAACAUUCUAUUUGGACUACUCUACCUGGGACCUACAGUCGCAUUCAGCGCCUACGCCGCGAGUUGCACAAUAUUUCUGAACGUCUCCUACGCAUUUCCCGUCAUCGCUCUGUUAGUACGUGGCAGACACGUCCUGUCUACUCAUCGGACUGAGCAAGUGUAUUUCAACUUGGGCAGAAAAGGAUUGGUGAUUAACUACAUUGCUGCCAUCUUCGUAGUAGUGACAUCUGUAUUCUUCUGUUUUCCUUCUGCUUUACCGGUGGGAGGAAGCAGUAUGAACUACGUGCCUGUCGUUCUGGGAAUUUUCUUAACUCUUAUCACCACAUAUUGGUUGGUCUAUGGAAGCACAUUCGAGGGUCCUAAAUUCGAAGUGAUAAUUGGCCAACGGGAACACGACCACCAAGUUGCAAGCACAGACUGGUCUGGUGCACCAAGCAAGAAGCAGGCGAUCGAGACAUAG